CGUGGUAGCGCGUGGUCGUGGAAUUUUCCGGGAAAACCCCUGAGGAAAACUCAAACAGUGCGAGGCAGCAGAAGCAGAAGCAACAGCAACAACAACGACUAACUAGAGCAGAGGAAAUUUGACAGACUUUGAUGUGAAUCGGAAACGAGGCCAAAGGCUAAACAGAAAAGAGGGAAAAUACACACGGGAACAGAGGAGCCGGGCCAAUAGUGUGCAAAUUGAUAUAGUCGGAGCAGCAUGGAUGAGGAGCACGACGACGAUCGAAUAAUAUGAGAUUAGAUGGGGCUCUAGAGCCCCGGCCCCGUCAAGGAGCUGCCAUCUUCAAGGGCCGCGAACCAUGUGAGACACAGCAACAGCAGCCAGCUGAUGAAGACGACGAGGCCGCAGACGCUGAGUGUUUGACCACCAACCACAGCAUCAGCAGCAACAAUUGCCAAGUCAACUUGGUCCUCAGACCAGAGAGAACCACACCAACCACGUCCACGCCCAGAAAAACAACUGGAGGCAAAGGAAAAGGCGAACGGGUAGGCAGCGACAGCAACACCAGCACCACCACCGCUGCCAUAAGAGCGCGUGCCAUAUUAAUGGCGCCCAACGUGGGGCGGAAGAGCCUUGGCCUUCGACUUCCGAUGAAGCCGGGCCGCAGGAUGAUGGGAUCGGGCUGGGAAGGCCUUAACGGCCUGGUCCUGUGCCUGAUUUCCGUUAUUGCCCUGCUGCCGCCACUGACGCUCGGCGAUGACGGUGACAAUUUCUUUGCCGUGAAUGCCUUCAGCGCGGGUCCGGAGACGACAACGCCAGAGUUUGAUUAUGCCAGCCGCGGGCAGAAGAAGUUCGGCGACAAGUGCGACAAUACCUUGGAGUGCGGCUUUCCCGGCUCCAUUUGCGAUCCCAAGAAGAAGUCCUGCCAGUGCACCGAGGAUCUGCCCGUCACCAAUCACAUUGACAAAUGUGGCAAAGAGGCCGCCGUGAACGAGUCCUGCUUCUUCAACGAGCAGUGCGAGAUGCGAUACUUCCAGACGGAGUGCCGGGAUGGGCGCUGCAUCUGCCGGUUCGAGAUGUCGCCCUUCUGGGACAAGGACGGGUCCGUGGAGUGCAAAGGGCGCCAGGACAAGAGGGGACCCGAGACCUACAUCGACCCGGCCAUGAUUGGCGUGCUGGUAGGAAUGGCAUUGAUGUUUGUUAUUAUUUGUGUCGUCCUGCGAUUGUUUAGCCAAGCCCGCUGGCGUGAGAACCGGACCAUCUUCAACACGCCCAAUCCUCGCCUGAUGAACGUCUCCCUGCUGCGGGAUAGCAAAUUGCUCCAUGGCCAGGAGCGCCGGGGAUCCAGGAUGUCGGUGCGGGCCCCUUCGCGGCAGCCCAGCAUGGCCUCCCUGAGGCCCCACUCCCCCAACCCGUCGCUAGGUAAGACAGGAUCCCAUUCGGAGUCGCAUGGCAGCAAUGCAUCGGCGGCCUCGGUUCGCUCCCAGCGCAGCAACUCGGUGGCUCCCCAGGGCAAGGCGGCCCACCAUGAGCGCCACGGAUCCGCCCAUCGCCAGCACCACCCACACGGCCACCAGCCCAAGGAGCAGCCCCAGUCGCCGCAGGAUCAGUCGCUGAUCACCAACAUCACCACCAAUCCGGUGGCCGAGAGCGUGACCGUGGAGAUCAUCGAGCCGGGACAGAAAUAAGGAUGAGCCACGUCGGCGGAAGGAUCGAAAUUGAAAGUAUAAAGAGCAAGAUGGUAAAGGCGAGAUUAACUGGCUAACUCUCUGACACACGAACACUGGACACGAAACGCAAAUAGAACCACAUAGUCACGAUAUAUGCACGCGAUAAUAAGGCGGGCCCGCUCCCGAAAGGGGCGUGGCCCCGGCAAAAACAAAAAACAAAUACACAUGAGGCCAUUGUUCGACUCUUUUUGACAAAGACAAUUUUUGCAAUUAAUGGAAAUUUUUUAACCAAACCAAUUAUAUACUUAUUAUAUAAAUAGGGAGCAUAUGGAAAAGAAACGAACACACACAUACACCCAGAACAAUGCUAAAUGAAUUACUUACGUACGACUACACCGUAAAAAAUAAUUGAAAAAAACCUUGCAUAACAAAUUCAUACUACUCUUUUUUUCAACCAAAAAAAAAAACAAAAAAAAAACUAUAAAACCGAAAGGGAAAAAUUUACUAAUUUAAACAACAUAUUGUAAUGCAGUUAUAUAACUAAGCUUUGGGUUAAAGGCUUUAAGGAUUCAAAGAGAAAUCACACCGCGUAGAGCAAACCUAGGCAAGAUCUCAAUCGUAGUGUUCUAUAGCCAGCCAUCGGAGGCACUGCGUCGUGGCCAAGGAUGCGAUGAAUUGGCAGAAACCAAAAGCAAACCGCUGAUACAACGCCUUAUCUAUACCUAUAUUAUAGAUCCAAUUGCCGCUCUAGCUCCCACAUAUGGAUGUUAUAACCCAGAAAACAGAGACGAUGACAAAACCAAGAUGAAGAAAUAUUUAACAACCUCGGGACCAUAUUUUAUAAUCAAAAUAUGCGUUUCAUUGCGAAGCACGCACGUUCACAUUACUCUCGAUUUACUUUGUUGGGUACUAUCCUUUCGUUCUCGAACAGAGGUAGUGGGUUCGGAAGAGGAGUACCUAUAUUUUUAAACAACUAGCUGAGCAAAUUUAGGGAACACUCACAACAUGAUAUUAAGGAUAAUGAUUACACAGGCUCGCCAAGAGUCCAAAAUCUAAAUUGACUUCCAGUUGAACGAUAUGAUUUGAGAUUUUCGGUUCGAAGCAACGUAGAUUUUUCAGUUCGACAGCCCUUACAAACUCACACAGCACUUUGCAGACCGGGGCCGAGGAUUUUCGGGCAGUGCACUGGGCUAGCCGGAAGUAGGGGAAGAUUUCCGGGUCUGUCCAGUGCGAGGCUCGAAUCGCAAUCGGACCGCGGCUCUCCAGGCUAUAGCCGCAGUAGGAAUAGAAAACGAUAUCGAUAAGGUUCAGUUGUUGCCCCCCAAACAGACGAUUCUCAUUUGCUUUUGUGCUCAAUCAAAGAAGCUUAACUGUGAGAAUACCAAAUGAAUACAAGAUAAAAACAUAAACGUAGAGCGAUCAAAUCUUAAAGUUGCUUGAGAACUUCUAGCUAAACAAUUACAACUAGAGUAAACAAAAUGAGAAAACUUAAAAAAAAAACGAAAACAAUUUUAUUAAAGCAUCGAAUUUUUCUUGAAAACCAAAUGAGCAAACAAACAAUCUUAUUUCUAGGACAACCAAAUCUAGUUACUUAUUUACGUACAUUCUAAAGGGCAUUCAAGAAAACAAUUUAGGCUUUGGAAUUUGGGGAAGAAUUUCAAGGUUUAACUUUGUUUUCACCGAACAGCAAAGGCAAAACACUUACAUCUAAGCACAAAAGAUUUAGACUAUAUUACGAGUAAUUAUAAAAGAGAAUACAAACAAAUAAAUCACUGAUUUUUCUAUUUACAUCAGAUAUUGUUGAAGGCAGACUUUAAGCGAAUUUUAAAUAAGCUAAACCAAUGAUGGGCAUAAGAAGAGAAUAUUUUAAAACCAAUUAUAUACAUACAUGAAUAUGCUUUAUUUACUUUAAUAUUUACAUUAUACACAACAACUACAUACAACUAUUAUAUGAACUUGUAUUGAAGUUUCGUGAAAAACUGCUACCAAACCGAAUGCGAUAAAUUCAUUUACACUCUACCAAAGGAAAACCAAAACAAAAAUUUUAUAUAUGAAGCGAACUCUUGUAAUGCUAAUAUUAUACAUCUAGAAUCAAAUGCCAUUAUCGCACAUCUAAGCCAUAGGACGCGAAGAACAAGAACCUAAGUAAUGAUGGGACAAACCUAAGUCUUUAAGCCUAGAGGAGAAGCAACUUAUAGAGUUCAACAUUUCGAUUUUUCAUGUGACUUGUAACUACAAAGAAACCAAAAGCGGAUACUAGAGAGGAUCGUAGUUAUAGAGAGCGAAUCAAAGCCAGACAGUACGAGUAGCAAAAUAUAGACGACGGUAAUGUAAUCUUAGCCUACAGGAUAAAUUGCUUUUUCAAAUUCAAGAGGGCAAACGAAAACGAUCGAGUUGAAACAACUAAGUACGAGUAUAUUAUGAAGUACAUAUUAAAUAUAUACAUAUAUAACUAUAUUUAAAGAUCAGUUCACUAUAAUAAAGUCUAUAUUACCAUACCUAACAGA